AUGUCGUCAUAUUACUACACAUCACCUCAAGCGGAAGAUAGCAGAGCCAUACAACCCUCAAUGCUAACAAAACUUGACCAGGAUUGGAAGGAGCCAGUCAGGCGCAAAGAGGCAGUGAGACGCAAGGAAGGGCGUCAAGAGCCUCGCAAGCCCCAGGAUCCAGGGCGUCAGGAGUCAGUUAGACGGCAAGAGUCAGGACGCCAGGAGUCAGGGCGCCAGGAGUCUGUUAGGCGGCAGGAGUCAGGACGCCAGGAGCCUGCUAGGUGUCAGGAGUCAGGGCGCAGGGAGCCUUUCAAGCGCCCUGAAUCAGGACGUCAGGAGCCUAUCAAGCGCCGAGAAUCUUGCGAACCUCAAGUGACUAGGCAACAAGAGUCUAGUAGGCGCAAGAAUGUUUCUGCGCUCUCCUUCUCGGGAAAGGAGUACUUCUCCCGGGAAGAGCCCGAUCACUUCCAAAACGGUCUCCUUCAGUUGAUCCUUUGGAAGAAGUUUCGGAUGAGGACAAGCCUGUAG